AUGGCACGUGGCAAGAAUGAAGGUGAAAGGCCUGGUCAAGUGUUGAUGAAGAUGCUGAAAUCUGCUUUUAAAAGAUCUGAGGAUAAAAAACUGGAAGUACCGGAGGCAGCAGUGCCAAAUUUGGUACCAUUUGGGGAUGUGACUGGUUGCCUGGCUAUCCACAUAAAGAGCUGCAGAUAUUUUACACCUAAGAUGACUGUAAAACUAUAUUACAGUAGUUUGUUUGUUCGCAUCACUAUCAACAAUGUUGUGAAAUCUACAAAAAUGUGUAGCUUCCUAGAUGAAAACAGAGGAAUAACCAUCAUUAACUUUGAUGAAAUGAAAUGCUUUUCUGUACAGGUUCCUAGACGUCAAGAUGAUGCGCGGAAUAAUAUUUACUUGGAACUAAUGCAGUGUGACGCUAAAGAGAGUUAUCCUGCUUUGUUAGGGACUAUUCAGGUUCACCUUUAUGAAGUAAUUCAGAAAGGAUGCUUUACAGAAGAAUUUCAAAUUUUUAACAGAAACACAUUUAUCUGCAGGAUGGAAGUAGAAUUUAUGUUUUCCUAUGGAAACUUCGGUUUUGGAUUUUCACAUCAGUUAAAACCUCUUCAGAAAAUUAUUGAACCAUCCAUGUUUAUGAAUAUUGCACCACCUCCAGAAAGAACAGACCCUGUAUCGAAUGUUAUUGUACCACAGUCAGUGGCAUAUCCGGCAUUCUUAUCCCCAGACCUGAAUGUUACUGUUGGGAAGUCAGUUAGAGCCACCAGUAGAUCCAGCCAGCAGUCUGCUGUGAGACUUGUAAAACUUCAAGAUCCACCUCGAGAAAGAUUGGAAAAAAUGAAAAAAGAAUAUAGAAAAUUGAGUACUUGGGCAGAAAAAGUCAACUAUUUGGAAAGCGUUUUUACUCCAGAACUGCAACAGAAAGAACCUAAGGGGCUGACGUCGUUAAGGGUGUUCAGUUGUCGCUGUUGGUGGGCAAAAAAUACAGCCAAGAUGCUGCGGAAUCUGCUGGCUCUUCGUCAAAUUACCCAGAGGACCAUAAGUACUGCUUCACGCAGACAGUUUGAAAAUAAAGUUCAAGAAAAACAAAAGCUGUUUCAGGAGGAUAAUGGAAUUCCAGUGUAUCUAAAGGCUAUCUCUCUUAUCAAAGAUGAAGAUGAAAGUAUUCCAGAUCAGCCAGUGGAUUUUGAUAAAACUUUACCAACCUUGACGCUGACAACUUUGAAGCAAUCGACCCAAGAUGUCUUAGAUGGCAUUUCUCUUAAAAGUGUUGAACCAGAAAAUGAACCAUACCAACCAUCCCCAUAUUCUCACUUUUCCACUGUUAAAAUAGCAAAUGAAAACAAAGAACCAUAUGAAAUUUAUCCACCAACAGAAGAAUUGAAAGCUCGAUAUCCAAGCUCUAGUAAAACAGACUCUCCUCCACCCGAGAGCAAUGUUUAUGCCUAUAGUCUAUAUGAAGAUUUCACUUCACCAUUAGACUCUGAUCUGGGAAAUGCAAAUGAAAAAGAAAGAAAAGUGUCUUUUCCAUCAAAAAACUACUUAUCACGAUCUUCUAGACCAAAAAGUAUAGAUACGAAUAUACCAUAUAAGUUCCAGACAUUCAACAUAAAGGACAGUUUCGAAUCUUUUUUAAGGAAUGUAAACAACAAAAGCCCCGACAGUAAGAGGAAAAGACAAGAUAUGCUGGAAUGUCAGAGUACAUUAAGUGCAGAGGUUGUUGAACACGAAGAUCAAGAUCCUCCAUACCCAAUACAACCAAAGAGUGAAGAACCUACUGAUAAAAUCCAGACGCCUGAGCUUAAAGCCACAGCAGAGCCCUUAACCACUGAGUCGAAAGAAAACCUACCAAAUAAAUCUCUACUGAAUGUUCCACUCGAAUCACCAGUGACUACAAGUACAGAGGCACGCUCUCUCUCCAAGUUGUUAAAGCGUCCCUCCUUUAUAGAAAAUUUAAGACAAGCCAGGACGUUUCAACCAAUUUUAACUCAAACCCUGCAAGAAUUUUUAGAUAAAUUCUUUUCUAACCCAGAUGUGCUUAUGGACAUUGAACCAAGGAUGAAAAGCUGUCAGUCUCCAGUUCAGAGUGUUUCUGAUGAAGCAGCGAGUAGUUUGGAAGAGGAAGCACUGGAAAAACCCCAAGGCUUGAAAAGCUGGCGUUCAAAAAGAGAUGUGUUGUUGUCAGCGUCUGCUUUCAAUCAAGUAAUUAAAGACAGGCCUCCAGAUUCACUUUCUGAAGGAAGAUCAGGAACAUCUACACAGAUAGACAAGGAACAUACCUCUGCAAGAGACUUAGUGGCCAGUGUGCGUAGCUCUUACAUAAAGCAAAUAUUCACCGCAGCCAUCUUCUCAGAGUUGCUGAAAGGAAGCAGCACAGAGGAGGAUGUUCAGGGUCAGUUACUCACUGAAAGGGAGAGAAGUCUGUCCUCACAUAACAGGGUUCACUAUGAAAAAAAAGAUGACAAGAAAGCAGUAGUGUCACCAUCUGAACUUACUAUAAAACAGAUCAUGGAAGCAUUUCCGGUCGAAUCACUUUUAGAAUCUGGGUUGAUCAAAGUGACCGAAGUGGGUGCAGAAGAUGGAGAGCAUUCUUUGAAGGAUGCAGAGAAAGGCUCUCCUGAAGAAAAGCCACACUACCCCACAGAGGAGUUUUCCAAAGUAAAAAUCAGAAUCUAUCCUCCUUCAGAGCAUAGUCUCCCCACCACCCUGCAAGGAGCCACUGGUGUUCUUAAUACAGAUGGAUUUCUAGAGGAAAGCCAAAAUACUCUGCCACAAGACUCAAAAUAUUAUUCAGUGCCAAAUAGAAAAACAGAUUUUCCCAGUGAUGGUCAAAGUCUUCAUAAAGACGAAAGCAAUCUUUAUGCUACUUUGGAAAAUAUAACCGACUCAGUGGGUAAGCUCAAUGAAGCAGAUGUAAUAAUAUUAAAAUCCUUUUUAAAACACAUCUUUGAAGUUUUCUUUCAGUACCAUCAGCCUGAAAGAAGAAAAAAACCAGAAGGAGAAUUACAGAGAUUAAUUCAAUAUUCUUUUACAAAUGAUACAGAAGACCUGGAAGGGAUCAGAGAGGAUUUUGACAAAGCAGAGAAAUUAGGCACAAAGCCCAUUUUGAACCCAAAGCUGCGUUUAUUUCUUGAAGAACUCUCAGAGUCAGAAAUAAAAAAUUUAAAAUCUGAAUUAAGUAAACAUGUCCAGCAUUACCUUGUAGAGAGACUUUCAGAAUCAGGUUACAUCACCAAGGAGGACUUACCAAAAAUCUAUCAAACUCUGUAUUUCAUGAAUGAGAAAUCAGAACCAAGAGGGCAGAGCAUUUUUCAGGAGAAGUAUUCAGACACUGUGAAAGAAGUUAUGUCUUUUGUAAAUAAUUUUCAUAAUAAUUUCAUAGAUAAACAUUUAGAAAUAAAGUUAAGGUCUUUUUUAACAGAAAUCCUCAAAAACUAUUUCCUAGAAAAUCUUUCAGAAAGCAAGUUGUUUAGAGAGACAGAAACUGGGAGUAUAUCCUCAAACACAUCUUCUCUAAGAACUAAAAGUUUCCCAGUAUCUUUACAUGACUCUGGGCAAGAUAUUUCAAGAGGACAUUUUGAUAGAAGUCUUGAAAAUAACAUGGAAUACCCUUUGAAUAAAUAUCUGCAGGACUCUUUUUACAUUUCAUCAGACCCUUUCAGUAAAUAUCUGCAAGAUUAUUUUUUCAUUUCAUCAGAAAAUGAACUAUCACGUCUAAAAGAUGAAUUAAGCAAAUAUUUCCAAAGACUUUUCUUAGAAAAACUUUCAAAAUCUGGACUAAUCACGAAGAGACAAUUUGAGUUAAUCAAACAGUAUCUGGUAGAUCAUUCCAGUUCUAAGCCAUUUGAAUAUAUGACUGAUUUCUCUUUUAGGGAUGAAAAUAAGCUUCUAGAGGAGCAUUCAGAAAAGCAAAAUAAAGAUUCAAAUAUUGCUCAAAAAACUACUUCACAAACAGUCCCUAAAGAGAGACUUCUAGAAACAGAACUGACCAGACAUGAAGAAAAAGAAUCUUUUUCUUCACAAAAUACUAAAGAAGUUAGGGACCAGAAAAGAUACUUUUCCAAAGACGAAGCUAAAGCAUCCCAUUUAAGAAAUGUACAGUGUGCUUCCAACUUCCAGGCAAGUUCAUUUAAUAAGCCAUCAGAGAGGCUUACAAAUACUAUGUUUAAGAAUGAACAGAAAGAACAUGGUUUCAGACAGUUUGUUCCAGCAGAAAAUUCCAUUUUUAAAGCAGAGACUCAAGACAUAUGUUGUUGGGAUGCUAAAUCAAAACUAUUUAAGUCCAAUGCUUGCUUUGAAAGGACAUUGGAAAGGAAGCCAGCUGAAAAAAAGGAGCAUGUUAACAUCUAUAAAGUGACCAUUCAGAAAACACCUGAAGCAAGACCUUUAUCAUAUCCAAGAGUUCCAAACUGCAGAAUGCCAGAUAACGAUGAAGGUCACCCCGAGACACUCACUUAUCCCUCAUGGCAGAGUCACACUUGCUCUCAUUUCAACGCAGAGGAUGAGGUGACAUCAAAAUUAGACCAAUACUGUCGGAGAAUUAAAGGAAACAAUAACAACAACAGAAAACAACAUUCCACAGUACUUACAGAACAUCGGAAAGACAUGAAAAUUCCUUAUAACAAAAAUAUUGACAUUUUCAGUGAAAAUUAUGCCAACAUCCCUGAAUCACAAUAUUUAAAAUGCAAUGUUUUAGAAAUGGAGAAAAACUCAAACCCCUUCCUAUUCUUAGAAGUAUUAAAGAGAGAAAGUUUAAAGCCCAAGGUCCCCAAAGAAAAAGAUCAUGUCAGCAAACAAAAAAAGUCAUUUAGCAAGAUGUUACCAGUCACAUUGCCUUCAACAAAGAAAUCUAUCCCAAGGACGAUGCUUCGCUGGAAUGCAAGAACAACUAUACAUGAUUGUUUGGAUAAAUUUGAGGAUUUGCCUGUGGCCUCACCUAAGCAUUUUGAAAAAACAAAGUCAAAGUCAAAGCUUUUAGGGAUGAGCCCAGAUGACAACCACAAUCUGCCAAAACACUUUGCAAGACCCUCUACUGCUCCAGCGGUUAACAGACAUCAGAGAGCCCACAGUGCGAAAGGUACAAGUCCUCGCCUGACUUCAGCAGGCUUAAUGCAUACACGCAGUCCCAUCUCAAAUAAUGAAAUGCAGCCAAAAAAACGAAAUUAA